AGAGCGGGGACCUCCUGUGCGCGUCUCUCCCACGCUGCCUGCCACGCCACCAUCACCGCCGCCGCCGCCGCCCGCCGCCGCCCGCCACUUUGACUAUUGUUGCGAAACUUCAUGCUGUGUAUCGGCUUCAUUUGAGCGACGCCGACCCUGGUUCCUCUCGAGUUUAAUCAUCUCCGAAGAUCUUGAGCUUUGAGUGAUUCGCAUAUUACUGAACCUUCUCCAGCCUUUGCAUGACAUUCCACACCUCGCCAACAUUCCACAUUCAUCAAGAUCUGUCACAUUUCUGUACUUUUCCUCUGAUUCUGCCCCUGAUUGUUUGCCAGUUAUCACCAAUAUAUCUGUUCACUUGCUCUUUAACCAAAGAAAUAAUAAUAAUCCCUUGGUAUUAUCAUAUUUACAUAUUCCUUGAUAUUGCCCUGAAUAACAAAUCUCCCCAUCACCCACUAACUCUCUUUUUAUACCUAACAUUUUUGUGUUAUUAAACCUGGCUCUCUCCCCCAAAUCUAAUACUUGUCAACCAAAUAUCUCUCCUAAACACCAAAGUUUUCUUUUAUCCAAAUAUCUCCUCGCACUUGACCUUUCAAUACUAUUUUCCGAGUUUUUUUAUGUAUCCAAUUUUGACCUUUCUGCGUGUCCCAUCAUUUAGGAUCCUCCAACUGAAGACGCAAGCACUGUUGUAUUAUCUCCCAAUACAAAAAGUAUUUGCAACAAUUAUCAUCUUUUCUUUUAUGCCCUUUCUUUUCCUAUCUUUCCUUUCCCUGAACUAGGUUUCCUGCAUUACCGAAACUUAUAUCUCAAGUAAUUUUUAACACAUUUAGCAUACAUCCUCCUUGUCUCCUGCCGAAAGGCUCUCUAAGAGUAGCUUUCCAGCCAGCAAGUCCUUCGAUAACUACUUGCCUCUUCCUAAAUAUCAACUCUCCUACGAUACUUGAACCUGCAAACAGCUAUUCCUUCCUAUCGAUGCCAACACUGUCCUGGCUUCAACCCUUUUCCAAUAAUAUUUUGCCACCCCUUAUAAAACCUUCCCAGCACCAGCACUCGAACCACCUUCCCGCUAACACCUGAGACAUUCCUCAUCCUCUGGCACAAGCACAGCUACACUAUCCACCUUCGUAUCACAAACAAACACCAGGACUUUCUCCCCUCCUUCGCUCUUCCACAUGGUAUUUGUUUCACCUCGAGGGGCUCGAACCAGAGUGUGUCAUCACCUCUCUUGCUUCACGUGGCUGAGGGUGUUUGCUGGCCGGCGUUGUGUGUGUCCGCAACACUGACAUUAAUUACCUGGAAAAGUUGGGCACGCAUAUACAUCUGGUGGCUUACGGCGAGGAAGAUUCGUAACGGGCGCUCCGUCUCUGCUGCGUCUGAAGCCAUCAAUACGUUCCGACAACGAUCCUGUCGGCUGAGACAAGGCAGCCCCAACACUAACUGUGGAAGCGUCGAAAAGAGAUAACUUCUGCGGCGAACUGAGAGAGUGUGUGAGAAGAAAUCGAUUACACCGAUAAGAGCACGUCUGUAAAGGUGCCGAUUGUAGGCUGCCGUAGGGGAAAAGCGGUGAGAAUAGCCGCCGCCCGGCCAGAAAAGGUACCGAGUCUUAAAAAGGAGCCUUUGAUGUGUGCGCUGCGAAAGUGCUGGUAAAUUAAAUCAAAGGAAGUCGUGGUGUUGAGCUAAAAAGGGCUGUACACAGUGUUACUUGGCUGUUUAUCCAAUACCAUGGCCUGUAGAGCAAACAGCUUGCCAUUACAUGUUGCGUCUUCGCUGUACUGCUUGGUCAGGAACAUAUAAUGCUGUGAGGGAGGAGGAGUAACAGACAAACAGAAUUCCCCAGGGGAAGACCCUAGCAAAUACUGGUGAUUACCCCGAGAAAACCGAACAAACAGUCGUGAAGCUACCAUGAGUUCCCAGGGAUCUACCUGCGUACUAUGAGUGGAACAGAGGUGGGUGGUCGAGGUGGAGGGCCGGCGGGGAGCAGAGAGGUCCACAAGAAUGGCUGGCUUAAGAGGAUGCCGACACAGGAACGUCGCCUCUCUGUCAUGGCACCCUUCGGCAAGCCGGCGAAGGCAGAGAAGCUGUGGGUGUCGUUCUGCGUGCACGACGAGAGCGAGGGCUGGCUGGAGUUCUACGAGAACCGCCGCUCCGCCUUCAGCCACAACCCGAUCCACCGCACGUCGCUCGCCCGCUGCCUGCACGUAUCGCCCUCCAUCCGCGUGCAUGAGGACAACGAGCACGUGUUCGCCAUCACGCUGGAGGGCGAGGUCAUCAAACUCGGUGCUCAGAGUAGAGAGCAGAUGAUGGAGUGGAUAGACUCACUCCGAAGCAGACUACGCGAGCUCGGAGUGCUGACGCCGAAAGAUAACCUCUAUAGCAAGGAACCGGAAGGCCUUCGAUCGCCGCUGCUCAGAAACCCCAAUUCCCCGCUGCCGCCCACGCCCACGUUUCAGUUCCCGCCGCACGCCCUCGAGUUCCGGGACGACGUCUCGAGCCUGCACUCGAUGCGCCUGGGCCUGAGUCCCGCCCCCAGCAUGACGCUCUCCACGGCGUCGGGCAUGUCCGGCCUCUCCUCCAUGCAGAGUCUCAACUCCGUGUCGUCCGGCUCCUCCGACCCCAACACGUCGCCCUCCUCCGUCGUCACCUACGUCCGCCACCACCACGACCCUCCGCUCAACAGGAGAUCGUCCUUCAGAGCGUCCCUUCCCAGCUCCCCGACCACGCCUGCUGGAGGGUCUGGUUCUCUCACCUUCCUCAGGUCGCCGCCAGGGCCACAGGCUGCUCCUCCGCGCGAGCACGUGACCGUCAUCAACGUGCCGUCGCCUACGUCUUCCGUCUUCAACUUCGACAGUGUCGGCGCCGCCCUGGAGUCCAGCGGCGCCAUGGCAAACUCCCAGCUGUACGGUGCCGUGUAUCCGACCCCAGACCCCUCUAUAUGUGACUCCACGGACACCCUCGACGCAAGCGAAGUGUCCUAUAGUACGAUAUCUGACCCAAACGCCGUCCAGCUUCGUGUAGGGAACUCCCUGGGUGCUGGCGGAAGUGGGGGAGGCGGCGCCGGAGGAGGGCGGCCGCCGUUGCCCCCGGGCCAGAGAUGUGCUAGCGGCUACGGCAGCGCGGGCAUGGGCGCCGCCGCCGCAGCGUACGGUGUGGGAGGAGGCGGCAUGAGCGCUAGUGGAGGCGGCAUGGCAGCAUCGGGGGGCGGGGGAACAGUGGGUGCCAGCAGCGUGGCAGGAGGAAGUUGGUCCAACGUCAGUUCGCCGGAGAGUUCGUACGAGCCGCUCUUUUUAGCAAGCAGCGCGGGGCUGGCCCCCCCGCCCACUCCCACCGCUGCCCCCGUGCCGCAGGCGCCGCAGACUGGACUUCUGCGCCGGCGCUCGGAGCAUCGGAGGUCUGGCAGGCGAGAGCAUGGCAGAAGGGCGGCCUCGGUCGGUCCUUCUAUAGCACCUAAACAACAGCCGCAACAGCAGUACCAAGUGGGCCAGGACGGACGCCUGAUGAGCCUUCGCGAACAGCAGGUGAUCAGGCUGCAGCGCGAGAUUGCGCACCAGGCCGGCGUCAGACUCACGCUGCGCAAAAAAGACUGCAUGAAUUCCAUUGCAUUUGUUAACGUAUUCAACCACGUGUACGUGGCAGGCUGGAAGCAAAGAGAACACCCAUACCUCCAUAACACAUUCCACAUCGGUGACCGCCUCGUGAGCGUGUGCGGCGUGCAGGUCACCUCUGCGCAAGAGGCCCACAAUCUUAUCAAAAACGAACCUACCAUGAUGGUGGAGUUCAUCAUCAGACGAGUCCCUCACGGCAGGGUGUUCGCCCUGAAGAGGGAGACGGAGGGCCAAGCUCUGGGCGUCAUCCGAGAGGGAAAUACCGCCGAGAUACGUGAGAUCGUUCCCGGCGGACUGGCUGCUCAGCAUGGUGUUCCCCCGAAAUCUCAGACGGUUGAUGGCACGUCCUUCUGCUCGUGGGUGCUCACCGAAAUCAAUCACAGACCAUUAAAUCUCUUCUUUAAGCACAUGGAGAUAGCUGACCGUCUGAACGCGGUUGGGCGGGACAUCUCCAUCCUCAUCCAGCCUAUGGACCUAGUCAAGCAGCUCAAGAAGAGUCUCAAAGCUCUUAAAGGCUACAAAGACUACAUCGUGAUGUAAAAGAAGCAAAUCCUUCGUGUGAAUGGAUUAGCUUCGAUGUAAGGCAGGAGGGGAGGUCGAGGAUGAAACCGAGGGCUUCCAAAAAAGGAGCGCCGUACGCACUCGAUUCGGAGAAACCAACACAGACUCUGAGAUCCCCGCAGCCACUGAAGCCUUGCAUAUGUGCCAAACUCUAGUGAUGUGAUAAACUGUGCCAAUCUGACAUGUGUGCAAUGCAUGUCACCAGAGAUGACAGAGGCUGAAAUAUCAAAACUCUUGCAAUACACACAUUCCCUAAACAUGUUUAGAAUUGUAUAAUUGUGAAGUUUUUGUCUAGAUUAUCUCGUCGGUGGUCAGAUUAGAGAAAUGCAUAAUAUAUUUUUGUUACAAUGACGUCAUAUCCAUAUUGUGCUGUCUAGUUACCAUUAUGGAAGCCACUUUAAGGCUUUAGUAUUGAUGAUCGUUUCUUUUGCUGGUCGAAUCUUGCUUUAUGAGAAAAUACGUAAUACCUGUUAUUGGUGUGAUGCAUGUGAAUGAAGUACUCUAAAUCGACUAUGAAUGAGCGGUUUGUCCGAGUAACAGACAUUUCUAGAACUUGUGGAGCUUCGCUGUCAGACAACGCCCUUCUAAUUCUUGGGCGUGGUUGUUUCGAGCUAUUACUCGUGCUAUGUUGUAUUUGACCUGUGUUUUGUUAUGUUUUAUCUAUGUUAUGUUUAUACCUUAUCUACCUUUUUGUUGAAGUCUUACUUGUGCUAUAUUUGGAGUUUUACUUGUGUCGGGGCCUGCUUUUUCCCAGUUAUGUGGUACUUUCAAAUACACUACGUUAUGUUGAGUUCCGACCCGUGCCGUCUUAUUCAUAACGACAUCAAUGCCUUGUCCGUGCUACCAUGUGAUGUUUAGUUGCGUUCUGAUCGAGGUUUACCUUGUUAUCUUUGCCUCACCUGUGAUAUGCCAGCGACCGCCUAUAGGAUGUUGAUAUAUUGAGUAUUUCACAGUCCUGUAUUAUGGGUGUGAGUGUGUUUGUAUGUGUGUGUGUCUAUGUGGGGGGUGGGUACAUAUGUGUGGUGUAUCUGAGUUGUGUAAGGGGCGAGAGGUACCAGUAGAAUGCACUGUAUGUUGCUCUUAGAAACUCACCAUGUAUAAUGCUAGUCUUUCUCUUAUACUGUAUGUCACUGAACGACAGCACAUUGCUUAAGGAUAUACUAGCUAAAUUCAUAAUUAUCGACCAUGCAUGCUGAGAUCGCAAACGUCAAAACACUAAGCCAUGAGAGGGAUCAUGGUUAAAAACUAGUAUGUAGAAGAGAGCAUUGCAUGAAUGGUCCCUUGAGAAUCACGUGAUCCAGGACACAAGACUAGCAUACAGUGUACAUCAUUCCAUGAAUGUAGAAUACCACAGGCAUCAGGACAUAAGGCUAGUGUAUCACAAAUAUCGGGGCACAAGGUUCGUAAUAGCCUGGGUAAAAUAAUUAAUAAUAGAUUGUGCAAAUAGUUAGGAUUUAUCUAAAUGAAAUAAAAUCUGUAAUUAAAAUUUGUUUUGAAGCAUUAGGGCGUAGAAUGUUUCCAAUAUUUGCAUUUGUUUUGGUUCGUCUCACUUUAACACCUAUGAACGGAGUCAUUGCGUUGCCCAAGAAAUACUAUUCUGACAACCUCGGUGCUAAGCUUCCAUAUGUUCAGAGCAUGAGUAAAACACGAACAAAAAUCUGAAGGUGCUGAUACUUCGUAAGAAACAUUUUGUCGUGUAGAUCAACUUUAUUUUUUCUACCGUGAGUUAUUUUCCUUCGUGUUUCCGUCUGAAUCCAUUACUAACCCCCUCUUCCCCCUCUCCCUUGAGCGGUUUCCUCUUGAGAAGAGAGCAUCACAAGCUUUCGUGUGAUGCAAAGAGAUAAGAGAGAAAGGUCUGAACAGCACGUAUUCUCUCGUAGAUUACCUCUGAUUCUAACAACGGCGAAGUUGUUGCGUCUGAUGCUCGUUGUUUAUUCCUAGAAUGUAUCCAAUGAUUUGUUUCUCUCUCAGAUCACGCUUAGAUAAUUUGCACUUACGCUUAGCUAUAUACGACUCUGCUACGUCCUUCUCAUUAGCUGUGAAUAGGUCCCUCAUAGGCAAUUAUUAUAUGAUGUCCCAGUGUAUAUUUGCACAGAAUGUUUUGUUUGAAAGUAUUUUCAACGGAGCAUGGCUGUCAGACUCCCUGCCUUUCUAUGGCGUCUUCACAAAAUCUUCCUCAUCUGCGUGGUAGGAAAUGUGAUCUGCCGGUAGAGAGGCCUGAAGCGCAGUGUUAACCAUAUUGAUAUCAGACAGUCAUGCAUUAUUUAUUCUCUAAUGAAAGGAAUCAGAUUAAGACCUUUAAAUAUAUCCCACCUGUAAUUCUCUUUAUCCCAGCGUCAAAUACUUUUUUUGCAAUCCCACCUGCACAUUACGAGUUGAUGUGUCAAGUAUCUCACAUCCCACCUGCAACACCUUAGGUUUCCGGGUCAAUUAGGUGCUAAUCUACUUGCUUUACGUAAUAAGGUUUUUUUUCGUAUUCUCGCUUCCUUCUGUAUUUACGCCGACUUUGCUCUCCCCCCUCUACGCCCCCUGGGCCCAUGCGUCUGAAGUUUUGUUAUAAACAGUGAUUUUUUAUUUGGUUCUUUAAUCUAUAAGUAUCCUUCGUCACUGAAAUAUUUCUUUUGUAUCGUUACCAUUCUCGGUAACGUACAAGCUAUGGUUAUGUUUAAAUAAAAUCCUUGAAGAGA